GUUCGUGUAAUAACAAAGCAAAUCGUGUUUGUCCUAAAGCUCUGGCAAGGGUCUUGCGUGACACUUUGACCACAACCCACAUUUACCGUAUUGUAUCAAGGCGGACUGAGGUGGACCUGUAAAUAAUUUAUUGCACGUUCUUCAGAUACAUUACAGAUACUCAACAUCCGUCGCUACAUGCAGCAUCGUUUCUGUGAACGUGCGCGGGCCGAACUGGGAGCCCCGGGCUCAGUGGAUCCUGUUGAUCUGUGUACAUUUUUUUCAAUGCAUGAGAGGUGUCUGCGAAUAUCUUGCGUGGUAAGAAAUAGUCCUUUCAUAUCGAAGUCUGACAGAGCGGGCUAGAGUGCGUGGCAUAUGCGACUAGUCCUGUGCAGUUCUGGAAGGUGGUUCCUCUUGGGUUAUUUGAAAUUAAUUUUUACUCCGUUUGUCUCGACUGACGUCGACUGACUCUCGCUGGAAGCCCCUUUUCUUUUUAUUUGCCCCUUUCCUUCGUUUUUCUUUUAAUUCACCAGAAAGCGGUCGUGAUUUUAUAUGGCACAGAUCGGAAUUGAUGGUGGAUGUGUGCUUUUCUAUCAAUGUGCAUUGAUGUAGGAGAAAACGUGGAAGGGAUAAGAGCCCUUAUCUCAAAACCUGGUACCACUGUGGGGGAUUGCCCAAGGAUUUCAUUGAAGAAACAGUUUGCAAACUAUUCGAGGAUUUAGAUUAUAGUCUUAUUCGGGAAUUACACAUCCAAACUGGGAUCUAUGAGCGCAAAAGUGGCGAAGCCUAAAGAGGAAAAGGAUGCUGCCAAGGUCCAGGAUGACGAUGCCCCAGGUACCCAGGAGUACAUUAUGUUGCGACAGGAUUCCAUCCAGUCAGCGGAUUUAAGGAAAAAAGGGUCCCCCUUUCGCGCUAAGUGUCACGAAAUCUUCUGCUGUCCGCUGAAGCAAGUCGUCCUCAAAGAGAGCGCAGAACCCGAAGAGCCCCAGCUGAAGGGGAUAGUGACAAAGCUCUACAGUCGGCAGGGCUUCCAUCUGCAGCUGCAGGCGGAUGGAACCAUCGACGGAACGAAGGAGGAGGACAAUGGCUACACCAUGUUCAACCUCAUUCCUGUGGGGCUCCGGGUGGUGGCCAUCCAGGGCGUGCAGACUAAGCUGUAUCUGGCCAUGAACAGCGAGGGCUACUUGUACACGUCGGAGCACUUCACACCCGAGUGUAAGUUCAAGGAGUCAGUCUUCGAGAACUACUACGUGACGUACUCCUCCAUGAUCUACCGGCAGCAGCAGUCAGGCAGGGGCUGGUACCUGGGCCUGAACAAAGAGGGCGAGAUCAUGAAGGGGAACCAUGUGAAGAAGAACAAGCCGGCCGCCCACUUCCUCCCCAAGCCCCUGAAAGUGGCCAUGUACAGAGAGCCCUCGCUCCAUGACCUGACGGAGUUCUCCCGUUCCGGAAGCGGCACGCCCACCAAGAGCCGGAGUGCCUCGGCGGUGCUCAACGGCGGCAAGGCGGUGAGCCAGCACGAGUCCACGUAGCCGGGCGGCCGGGACGCGGCCUGGGCGGACUCCUACACUUACCUCCAGAUGCUCGUGAUACCUAGCAGACUCCUCUCGCCCUUGUGAAUCCUCAUUGGUACAGGACAAAAACAAGAGCACCACCACACACAAUUAGGCUUGCCCUGGUUUUUUUUUUUCUGCUACAGUUGCAAUGACAAAAAAAAGAAAGCUCAACACGACAGAGCAUCUGUAGUGUUCUGUUGGUCUUGUUCCAACCAAUUAGCUCUCCCAAGGUUUCCUUUUCUUGUGAAGCUACUCGGUUACGUCCUGGUCAUGUAGAAUAUACCUGAGCGCCUCUCCAAACAUCAGGGCAGACUGCGAGAGUGCCACCGUUCAGGGCAGUCGCGGAGAGGUGCCUGAUUCUGUGUAUCUUCUGUGCUUCUUGAGAGAUAAGCAAUUUUCCCUAGCACUGCAGUCCACGAGAGCUGCAAUCAGGCGGUACAGUAACUGCCCUGUGUUACAGUGGAUAUGUGCAGAGUUCCUCUGCUUCAGUAAAACCGAUACUCAGCUGAACUGAAAAAGCAGGGGAGACGGGCAGGGUCUCAACAGAGAGGCAGUGGCUCCACUUCGUUUGCUAAUUGUCUGAAUUAGCGGAGAGCUUUUUUUUUUUCCUUCCCCUCAUUUCCCUGUCCUGAGUGUUUGGUUUUUGUAGUUCCUCAGAACGAAAGAGGUUCCAGCACACCAAAGACAGAACUGUGAGUGUCCCUUUAAGCAGUCAGAAGCCAAUGGGAAGUGAUGGAUUGUAUUUCGUAUUGUAAAUUUAAGAUUUAAGAGGACAGGGAGAGAAUGUUAUGCACGGUAUGUGAGCAUAAAUGAUUCACUAUUGUAGGAAUUGGAUUUGCUGGUGCGAUGUUAGAAUGACGUUUUGAGAUGACUGUUAAAUGUGUCCCCUUCUGUUUUGAUCUUGUCUCUGUCUUCUAGUCUGUAACCAAUCGAGUGGUUUUUGUCAGCCCCUCCCCCACCCCCCUCCUCAUGCAACUGUUUGUAGAGAAUUGAUUUGCUGACUCUGUUCGCCAUGACAACAUGGUGGACUUCCUACCCAGGACCCUGUUUUGUGAAUGAAUAACUCUUGUGGUGACAAUUUUCUAUGAAAAAAAUAUAUACUGUGGACUUUUAGGUGGCUUAACAUUUUCUAGGAUGUCAUAUUUGUAAAAGUGAACAAAUGUAAAAAAAAAAAAAAGAAACAAAGGAAAAAAUCUUCCCUCUCUUGUACAGGGCAUGUACAAAUGAAGCUGUACAGCAAGAACCCUUUUUGUGGGCAAAGUACUCCUUCCCUUCAGCAACAUAACUUCAUACCAUACAUGCUGCGGGGAUGCUCUUGUUUAGUUUCAUUAUCAUCAUUAUUAUUUUUUUAAAGUGAACAUAUCUGUUGCAUGGGAGACAGCUGGGACUUCUGGGAUAGAGCUGCAUGAUGUAGGCUAUGUGUAUUUACCCAUGUUGGAUCAAGUGUUCCAAACUGUACCAGGAUAAAACAACAUGUACAAGCAGGCAUUCUGCCUGGUACCUUCCA